AUGCGUGUCCUCAAGAGAUUGUGGUUACAACCACCAUGUUCCCGCAAUAUGGGUACUAUUACAACACCACACUUGAACUACAUGAUUAAUGCUCACAUAGACAACAACAACGUAAAACAAGCUCACAAAUUGUUAGAUGAGAACCCUUUAUGUUGCAACAUUGUUUCCUGGAACAUGAUUAUGACUGCGUAUGUGCAACACAAUCAAAUCGGACUCGCGCAUAACCUGUUUGAUAAAAUGCCUCACAAAGACGCAGUUUCGUGGAACAUCAUGCUAUCUGGUUUUCAUAGAGCCAGAAAUUCAGAGGGACUGUACAGUUGUUUCUUGCAAAUGGGAAGAGCUGGUGUAGUGCCCAAUGACUACACUGUCUCCACGUUGCUAAGAGCGGUUGUUAGUACUGAGUUGGAUGUUUUGGUUUGUCAAGUUCAUGCUAUUGCUUUUCAUUUGGCACUCAACUUGAAUGUGUUUGUUGGGUCUUCUUUGAUUAGAGCUUAUGCAGGUUUAAGAGAGGAAGAAGCUUUGAGUAAAGCGUUUGAUGAUAUAUUGAUGAAAGAUGUUACGUCUUGGAAUGCUUUGGUUUCUAGUUAUAUGGAAUUGGGAAGAACGGUUGAUGCUCAGACAAUGUUUGAUCUAAUGCCUCUACGAAAUAUAAUUUCUUGGACUACUUUGGUGAAUGGUUAUGUCAAGAACAAGCGAGUUAAUAAAGCCCGGUCUGUUUUUGACAAAAUGAGCGAGAGAAACGUGGUUUCUUGGACGGUAAUGAUUAGCGGGUAUGUGCAAAACAAGAGAUUUAUGGAUGCAUUGGAGCUUUUUGCUCUUAUGUUUAAGGCCGAAACUCGUCCCAAUCAUUUUACGUUUUCAAGUGUAUUGGAUGCAUGUGCAGGUUGUUCCUCUCUUCUGAUGGGGCUGCAGGUUCACCUGUGUAUCAUCAAGUCUGGGAUACGAAAUGAUGUUAUUUGGUUGACCUCUCUGGUUGACAUGUAUGCAAAAUGUGGGGAUAUGGAUGCAGCAUUUUGUGUUUUUGAGUCUAUUACGGAUAAGAAUUUGGUAUCUUGGAAUGCAAUAAUUGGAGGUUAUGCAAGCCAUGGGCUAGCUGCACGAGCAUUGGAGGAGUUUGAUAGGAUGAAAAUUGUUGGCGUAAAGCUUGAUGAAGUUACAUUUGUGAAUGUGUUGUCAGCGUGUGUUCAUGCUGGUCUUGUUGAAGAGGGCGAAAAGCACUUUGCUGAUAUGCUGACCAAGUAUGGAAUGCAAGCAGAGAUGGAGCAUUAUAGUUGCAUGGUGGACCUAUAUGGAAGAGCAGGGAAAUUUGACGAAGCAGAAAAACUAAUCAAGAAUAUGCCAUUUGAGCCCGAUGUGAUGUUGUGGGGUGCAUUGCUUGCAGCUUGUGGCAUGCAUUCAAAUUUGGAACUUGGAGAGUAUGCUGCUGAGAGGAUUCGAAAACUGGAGAGCAACCAUCCUAUUUCUUACUCAAUGCUUUCGAAGAUCCAAGGUGAGAAAGGAAUAUGGAGCAGUGUGAAUAAAUUGAGGGAUGCAAUGAAAGAGAGAGGAAUUAGAAAGCAAAAGGCAAUUAGUUGGGCUGAGUGA